AUGCGUUCAUUCCUUUUCUUGGCUGGCCUUAUUGGCACAGCUUUAGCCGCUCCUUUGCAAUCUUCGUCACUCCUUCGUCGACACGAUACAACACCUGAAGGAUUCCUCAGAGUAAACCCCGGAAAGAUCCAAGUAUCAGACGACAAUUUACUCAAUGGCACGUACUCAAACAACAAAACUCACGUUCUCACUCGCCGGGCUGAACCUGCUUCGUUGCCGCUGAAGCUCGUGAAUAACUUCAGCGGUGGAAACGUGAGAGCCUACAUUUCAGGGCUGGACUCUGAUGGCACUGUUGUUUUCAUCGGAGCUGAUGGGAGCCUUAUAUAUCCUAAAUCAGGCGGGGCGAAAGAACCUGUUGAGAUCAAGGACAGCAUUGCUAUUCCUCUUCCACCUCAAGGACAGACACUGGACUUUACAAUUCCUAUAUCAAUGAGCUCCGGUCGCGUUUACUUCGCUAACGAUGAUCUUCACUUCUUUGUGGUAGAUAUCGGAAGUGGUGAUGGUCUGGUCCAGCCUUCUGUUACGAACCUCCAAGAUCCCAGUGCUGGCGUUGACUGGGGUUUCGUCGAGCUUACAUACACAAAUGGCGUUCUCUAUGCCAACAUUAGUUAUGUCGACUUUGUUGGAAUCCCCCUUGGUAUGGGCCUUGCUCUUAAGGACGGAAGCGAGCAAUCAUGUGUCGGCCUCGAAGCUGGUGCUGUUAGCAAGAUCUGUGACGAUCUCGUCAAGCAGAAAGACGCCGACGGAAGAGCGUGGACGUUUAUGUGUAUUGCCAACGCCGAGGGCAAACCAGUUCGGGUGUUGUCUCCUGGAAACCAAUACGAUCUUGAACCCAUUACAUUUGGAGAUUACUGGGAUACAUAUGUCAACGACGUCUGGGCAAAGUACACCAACCAAGAUCUCAUCAUCAACACGCAAUCUGAAGCUGGCGAAGUAAAGUGCCGAGUCACAGGCGAGGAACUCACCUGCGACGGCGACAACCGUGGAUACGCCAAGCCCAACACAAAGGACAUCUGGGGCUGCAACAGCGGACCGUUUACAGUGCAAGAAGGUGACAACGGUGUUCACGCGGCGGUCGUUCCUCGUCUCUGUGCUGCCUUUGUCCGGUCUACACUUCUUUCCGACGGUGGUGAUAUGCAACCCAAACUGGGACAGGGGGAAUACUACAAGAGUGACCCUACAAGCCACUACAGUCGAAUAGUGCAUUCUUACGAGGUUGAUGGCAAGGGAUAUGCCUUCCCAUACGAUGACGUGAACCCUGAUGGAAAUGAAAAUGCUUCAGGUGUUGUUUCGGGAGAGCCAGACACUUUGACGAUUUAUGUUGGUGGACCAUCUGUUUAG